AUUCAAGUUUUUUUAGUAGAAAUGGCAAACAUUCGCUGACUAAUGGAUUGACACCAUUAAAAGAUACUGGUUUACAAAAUAUUUCUGGAACAGUGGCAGCUUUCGGUGAUUUUAACUCGGAUAAAUUUACUGAUUUAGUUGUUUUAGAUUUUAGUCAAACAUCCAUCAAAUCAUUCAACUUUACUAAGGCAAACUCGUCAGAUAUAGAAAUAUCAGAUGAUCAACCAAAUAAAUUUUUGAUUACAAAUGUAAUACCGGGAGAUUAUAAUUAUGAUGGAAAUUUGGAUCUAUUGUUGAUGGGACAAACCAAUCCAUCAAGUGUGUUUAGAAAAAAUGAGCCAUUGUAUAUGAGAGUGUAUUUUGGAUACGAUAAUGCUACAUUCAAUUCUAAAUACAUUGAGCUUGAUGCAUCAUAUUCACAACAUCCAAUAACAUUUGAUUUUAAUGGUGAUAUGAAAACUGAUUUACUCGGACAUUAUUUAUCAUCUGCACAAGACAACAAAUUAUAUGUAUGGAAAAAUGUAUAUAAUGAAUCUGCUGGAACAUUAUUUGAAAUAGUUCCACUGUCAACUAACAAUAAAACAAUGCCACAAAAAGGUUGUAGAUUAUCAGAACCACACUCGAAUGCUUUUAUAGAUCUCAAUGGUGAUUGUUUUUCAGAUUUGUUCUUGACAUGCGAGGAAGAAUUCAGAGAAACAUCAUACCAAAUAUGGGUUAAUCAAAAAGAUCAAGGAUAUGUACUUACUAGAUAUGGCGAAUUACCUACAGAUGCAGGACCCAUUACAUUUGCUGAUAUAGAUGGAGCAAUAGAUAUGGUGUUUCCAGUUUGUAGAAGAUCUGAAUGCGCUAUUCAUAUAGCUUACAAUAAACAAAAACCUUUAUGUACGAGUAAAGACCAAAUAAAUUGUCGAAAAAUAUCAAAUUUAUGUGAACCUGAUGAUGACUUUAGAUUUAAUUUAAACGAUGAUCCAGAUAAUGAUAUGGUGGAACAAUUGUUACCAAAGACCGAUCAUUCAAUGGAAUAUUGCCCGUUCCGAUCAGAAUUGGUAGGUGAUUACAAUUUAGACGGUUUUCCUGAUCUUCUUGUCAUUAGUGAAAAAAACUCUGAAAGUUUGGUUUCACUUUUACAAUCAACAGCAUGUACACUUGAACUUUGUGAUCCAUUAGCAGUUAAAGCUCAAAGACGUACAUUUUUUAAAGUGGUCGAUGGGGCACAUUCAUUAAAUAAAAUUACAAAUGCAAAAGGUGCUGCCUUCUUUGAUAUUGAUGAAGAUGGAACAUUGGAUAUUGUGGUCCUUGGUAAUUUAAAUACCAACGAUGCAGCAAGAGAUGUUUACUUGUUAAAUAACGAUUACUUCAAUGAUGCAUUCUUUUUGAAAACUUUAAUGUUAAACGGUGUAUCACAAAAACAGAACUAUGGAGUAAAUCAUCCAGGUUCGGCAUUUAAAUUCACUGUUGUAGAUACAUAUGGAAAUAAAAGAGCAAAUCAAGUUGCACAGUAUUCUCAAGUUGGAUAUCUUUAUUUACAAACACCAUACUCGCUCUUUGGACUUGGCCGUACAAAUAAUUAUGUCGAGGAAUUGUGGUUAUUGGAAUUAUAUAUUCAUCCCGGUGAUUGGAUUCCAUGGGUAUUAAUUACAUUAGUUAUAGCUACCGUAAUUUUAGCAAUUAUUGUUGCAGCAUUACAUUGGAUGGAAAAGAGAGAAGACGAAUUAGAAAAGAAAAAAGCGUCACAUGUUAUAAAUUUUGACGCAUUAUAA